AGAAAUGUCAUCAGUGGAAUCACACCAGAAACAGUUGAUGUCAGAUCCAUCCCCAUCACCAAACUCAUGUAGUUCCUUUGAGCUAAUAGACAUGGAUGCUGGCAGUUUGUAUGAACCAGUUUCUCCUCAUUGGUUUUAUUGUAAAGUUAUAGAUUCUAAGGAGACAUGGAUUCCUUUCAACUCUGAGGAUUCACAGCAGCUGGAAGAAGCAUAUAGCUCUGGAAAAGAUUGUAAUGGGAAAGUUGUCCCCACCGAUGGGGGCCGGUAUGACGUUCAUUUGGGGGAGAGGAUGCGGUAUGCUGUGUAUUGGGAUGAGCAAGCAUCAGAAGUGAGACGAUGUACCUGGUUUUACAAGGGAGACAAAGAUAAUAAGUAUGUUCCCUAUUCAGAGAGCUUCAGCCAAGUAUUAGAGGAAACUUACAUGCUUGCUGUAACUCAGGAUGACUGGAAAAAGAAACUGGAGUCUCCCAACAGAGAAAUUAUUGUAUUACACAAUCCAAAGCUUAUGGUGCAUUACCAGCCAGUUGCAGGGUCUGAUGAAUGGGGUUCCACACCCACUGAGCAGGGUCGACCAAGAACAGUGAAGAGAGGGGUUGAGAACAUCUCUGUUGACAUUCAUUGUGGGGAACCUUUACAAAUAGACCAUUUGGUUUUUGUAGUCCAUGGGAUUGGACCAGCUUGUGAUCUCCGCUUUCGAAGCAUUGUACAAUGUGUUAAUGAUUUUCGCAGUGUUUCCUUAAACCUGCUACAAACGCAUUUUAAGAAAGCCCAAGAAAAUCAGCAGAUUGGGAGGAUAGAAUUUCUUCCAGUCAACUGGCACAGUCCUUUGCAUUCUACUGGUGUGGAUGUAGAUCUACAGCGAAUAACCCUGCCCAGCAUUAAUCGCCUAAGGCACUUCACCAAUGACACAAUUCUGGAUGUCUUCUUCUACAAUAGCCCCACCUACUGUCAGACUAUUGUGGACACAGUUGCUUCUGAAAUGAACCGAAUAUAUACACUUUUUCUGCAGAGAAACCCUGAUUUCAAAGGGGGUGUAUCCAUUGCUGGUCAUAGUUUAGGUUCGCUUAUAUUGUUUGAUAUCCUAACAAAUCAGAAAGAUUCUUUGGGGGAUAUUGACAGUAAAAAGGAUUCGCCAAAUAUGGAUCAAGGAGACACACCGACAAUAGAGGAAGAUCUGAAGAAACUUCAACUCUCUGAAUUCUUUAGUAUCUUUGAGAAGGAGAAAAUAGAUAAAAAAGCUCUGGCUUUAUGUACAGACAAAGAUCUUCAGGAAAUUGGAAUUCCCUUAGGACCAAGAAAGAAGAUACUAAAUUACUUUAGCACCAGAGAAAAUUCAGUGGGCAUUAAUACAUCAACUCCACAAUCAGCUUCAGGGUUGAAUAUGUCUAAUAUCCCCAAAGAAUCUGAGUUCUGCAGUAGUGCUGAUGAUACUGGAAAUGACUAUCUGGAUGUUGGCAUUGGACAGGUAUCCGUAAAAUACCCUCGACUCAUCUAUAAACCAGAAAUAUUCUUUGCCUUUGGAUCUCCCAUUGGAAUGUUUCUUACCGUCCGAGGACUAAAAAGAAUUGAUCCCAACUAUAAAUUUCCAACAUGCAAAGGUUUCUUCAAUAUUUAUCACCCUUUUGAUCCUGUGGCCUAUAGGAUUGAACCAAUGGUGGUCCCAGGAGUGGAAUUUGAGCCAAUGCUGAUCCCACAUCAUAAAGGCAGGAAGCGGAUGCACUUAGAACUGAGAGAGGGCUUGACCAGGAUGAGUAUGGACCUUAAGAACAACUUGCUAGGUUCACUGCGGAUGGCCUGGAAGUCUUUCACCAGAACUCCAGACCCUGUCUUACAAACUUCUGAAACUACAGAAGAAACUGAAGCAGAACCUGUGUCAAGUUCAGAGAAGCCUAGUGAUGUUAACACAGAAGAGACCUCUGAGGCAGUUAAAGAAGAAGUCCUCCCCAUCAAUGUGGGAAUGCUGAAUGGAGGCCAACGCAUUGACUACGUGCUACAGGAGAAGCCCAUUGAGAGUUUCAAUGAGUAUUUAUUUGCUUUACAAAGCCAUCUAUGCUACUGGGAGUCUGAAGAUACAGUAUUGCUGGUCCUCAAAGAAAUCUAUCAAACCCAGGGUAUCUUCCUUGAUCAGCCUUUACAAUAAAAAUGAAUCUUCUAUGGCUGCCUAAUAUGGACAUUGAGGGGUCCUUCAACAGAAAAUCCACCUGUUUGUUGCUGCAGUUUUCCUCUCCUCAGCUGCAUCAUUUCUUGCAUGUUGCCUGUCACUCACCAUUGGGGGCUUUGGAAGAUAAUCUUCCAUUUUGGAAGUGAGUGGAAAAGCAAAGGAAAGACACCCUAUUAUUUUUUACCACUGGCUUCAUAUAAAUACUUGCCAUUCUUUCUUUAUAGCUGGGGGUGGUUUGCGUCCUUAAUUCUUUGAUGACAUUAUAUAGGUACCAGACUUUAUUGCCUAUCACGUGAGAUGGUAGUAAAUCUGCUUUGAGUUUGAUUUGUUUUGGGUUGGUAAAAAUUUUUCUAGGAAAUGUUUUAGUUUGGAAGCACACUGUUGAAAUUCAGCAGGUAAUUGGGGUACAUUCUUCUCUCACUAGUGUUCUCUGCAUUGAAGGCUACGUCUAAAUGGAUAUGGAAAAGACUGUUGGGCAGUCAAAUUCUGUUGAGCUAUCUUUUCUUUUCUAUGAAUUCUGUAUGAAGAAAGACUAAAAUGUAACUUGAAGAAAUUAUUACUUACUCUCUACAGCUGAGUGACAGGUUUAUUGUUAGGAAUCACUGAUGCUAUGCUGUUCAUUGUUUUUCCAGCUGUUUGGAUUCCUCUGAGAGUCUAAAGUGGACAGUUUAGUUCACAUUUGGUGCACCUUUAUAAAGCAAAGAUGUUAUAUAUCUAGAUGAAGUCUGAUUUAUUAUUUGGUAGUAGCUUCUGUUCUUAAGUUGAGGGUAAAGCUAUAAAGGCUGACAAACCUGAAAUUAUACAGCCUUGAAUAAGUAAAAUCUUACUCUUGCAUUUAUGGUGUAAUAUAAUUUGUGUAAGUCACCUGCCAUAUUAACUUGAAUGAAGGUAGUAUUGUGUGUCCUCUUUAAAAACAUUUUGUGAUCAUUGCCUACUUAGGGACCCAUACACCAGAGUGCUUAUUUAAAAGGCUCAUGGCACAGGCAGUAUUGGUUGAGCAGGUAGGUUUGGCUAUGCAGUAGUCAAGGAACAGCUACUCCAGAGUCAGUGUCAGAACAUGCAAAGUGAGAUGUACCUUGAAGAAAAUGGGUGAAUGUGACUGAUUUUUUUCCAAGGCAUCUACUCACCACUGUCUUUCUCAUUGGUCAGUUUGUCAUUGUCUUUGCAGUGUUCUUUGUGAUACACUCCUCUCAGAUUUCCACAGGCCAUUGAGUGGCAUGCCAGGCAAGCUGUUUUUUGUUUGUUUGUUUUUAAUAAAGGUAGCAAGGUAUUGUGAAAGCACUGGCAUUUAACAUUCACUUAAGCCAUCCCUUGGAAAGCAGUGUUUAUCCCUUUCUGAAGAAAAAAGGAAGGGGAAAGUUAAUUACUGUCAUCUAGAGAUGGUAGAGGUGAGGUUGGGGUAUAGGUCAGAGCCUGGCCUUUCUUUGCCCAUCUGGUUUAUAGACUAAUGAUGACUAACCCACUAAGUAGUUUCAGAUAAUAUUGAAUACUUUAUUUCCUUUGUAUGUAAAUUCUGAGUUUGAAAUAAGGGUUGAGAAUUAAGUAGCAUUCAAUAUAUAUUAGAGGGGAAGCUUUUGCCCUUCAUAUCAGCAGAAUUGGUACUAUUUAGGAGUAAACCAAAGGACAAGCAAGAGUGAGUAUAACCAAAGAUGAACGGCAUAACUCUGGAUAGCUGGAUAAACCACUGCUUGUUAUAAGAAAUGUUUCUAUCCUGCUGAUGUGGGGCAGUAACUGUAAAAGAGCUUUAUAUGUUGUCUAUCCACCUAUGGUAUUAUCAUGAUUAUAUAUUAUAGAGGGUAAUAAGCUUGUUUUUUCCUCUGGAAACAAAUAUUUAUUUAUGUAAUUGUACAGCUUUAUAAAGAAAAGUAAUGAAGGCAAAUAACUUAGAGCUAGAAAUUCUUAAGUAUUUUUAGAAUCUACCAAUUUCAACAUCUGCUGAAUGUUGAGUGGGUAGCAAAAUUGUCCCUUAGUUUCCAUCUGUCCUUAGUAGUUGAAUCAAUGGAUAUCCUUAAUGAAGUUAUACUGUCAGUAAAGGUUAAUUGUUUCACAGGACUACAUAUGAAACCAGUCAUCUCUGUACUGGUUGUAAUUACACAAAGUUACCAUAUUUACAUUUUAAUUCACUAGCAUCUUAGGGAACAUAUUUCAUUUAAAAAAACUAUUCUAAAAGUUAAACAUCUAGAGGAUAAUACAAAUAAGCAUUCUAAUCAUGAAGCAGUGUAGUAAGGCAAUGGAUGCCUUUCUGGCUGUAAAUAACAGUGAAACAUUAAAAACUGAUGACCAAAUGGAUGUCAAAUAUACUCUUAAAUAACACCUAACAUAGCAAGUUUCACUCGAUUCGGAGAACUGCUGGGUUGGUGAACACGUGGAGGUGCAGUGCAGGGAGUGGUGCGCCAGGAGAGGGCAUGGAAGUUCCCCAUCCCUUCCCACCCUGGCCUUGUGCAUCGUCUCCAUCUGGCUGCUUUUGCAUUCAGCUGUCAACGUAAGAACAUCCAGACCUGCCUCUCUCCUUCCUUGCAUGUCCACUGCCUUAAUCAUAAGCCCUAAAGACGAUUAGUUCUGGUCAGCAGCAGCCUUAGGUACGAAGCCUCGGGUCUUAUUAACAUGACCAUUUUUCUUCUUUGUAUUUUUUGCAACUUCCCCAAAUCUCCAGAAAGAUCAGAUAUGCUUAUUUCUUGUUCAAUUAACAGCCAGAUGAAGAGAUUUCAUAGGGCCAGGUCUUGGAACUUGGGGGCCCUGGCAUGCUGGCCCAUGAAAGGAUUCCGAUUCCUCAACCUGGGAACCCCAAUAAGCUUGAUUUAAGUCCUUUAUUUAGUUGUAUAUCUUGUUAAUCAUUUUUUAAAUUAGUUGACAUACAAUAGUUUCAGGUGUACAACCCAGUGGUUAGACAUUCUAUAGUUUACUAAGUGACCAUCCUGAUAAAUCUCGUAUCCAUAGGACACCAUACA